UUUAAACAAAGCACACGAACGAUGGAAGACGAUGAGUAUGAUGGAUCAGAUUUGGAUCAGCAGUAUCCACCACUGCUCAAUUUAGGGUCUGCAGACGUAUUGGAGGCUGUGAUGAGGGCCAAGGAUGGAGCACCAAACCAGUAUCAAAGUUUCUGGGAGAUGGAUGAGGAGGGUGUUGAUGAGGCCACAAGUGAAGAGAUACAGAAUAAUCCAAGAGUCAGAAUACUUUGGGCUGCAGAAAACAAUGAGCGCGAGAUAGUGGAGACUAUGAUAGCGGAGGACCCAGAUCUGGUUAACGCUCGAGACAGUGAUGACUAUACACCCCUUCACAGAGCCUCUUACAAUGGUCAUGAUGUUAUUGUUAGGCUUCUAUUGACGCGGAAGGCAGAUGUUGAGGCCAGGACUAUUGAUGGAUGGCAGCCUUUACAUAGUGCAUCCCGCUGGAAUCAAGCAGAGGUUGUGGCCACUCUCCUACAGCAUGGGGCCCCUAUUAAUGCACAGACCAAUGGCGGUCAGACGGCACUUCAUCUGGCAUCAUCAGAGCGGGACAGUCGUGCCACGCUGGAAGUCCUUCUGACCAAUUGUAAUAUUGAUGUCAGUAUCCGUAAUCGUGUAGGGGAGACAGCACAUGACAUAUGUCGUCGAACCAGCGAACACUGCUCUCUGUUCCAGAUCACAGAGGACCACAUCAACUCCUUACAGUGAUAACCUAACAUCUGUAGGAUUUUACCGAUUUAUGAGCUUGAGUUGUGUCCCUUUGUCAGUAGGAAAAUUCCAGCACUUCCCCCAGACAUACUAUGUAUUUAAGGUAACCAAAGCUUGAUGAGACUAUGUAUAACCUUCAUGGCAACCAAAGCUUUAUGAUACAGUUAUCCAAGUUUUAUAUUUUAAAGUGAUGUGUUCACAUUUAAAAGACAGACUGUUUUACAAUGUGCUGUGCCAAUCUGCUUGCCUUAUCGAGUUAUAAUUAAGUAGCAUUCUCUGACCAAGAAGGGACAUGUAUGCAAUAUGGAACAUAUCACCUGUCUCCCACCUUACUGUCUGGAGCCGUGUUACUAAACCGUGUACAGGUACCUGGUGUUUCCCAGGUAAUACAGACUGGCCUCCACUACAAAGAGUGUCAUAUAUAGGAAUGAAUGAUGAUAUCUAGAAAACUAUUUAUAGAUGUAUUAAUAGUUACGUGAGAAAUGUGCGUUGUUGUUAUACUUCCAUAGACGUUGAAAGAUGCAUUAUCGGACCCAGGUUUAACUUUUUGUACUAAUUAGUAACCUGUGUAUGAAAGUAUAUAUAUAAGUGUGUAAAAUUAUUGUAUCAAGUUACUGAACAAAAAAAAUCAUGCAUUUUAUAAAUAAAAAUAAUAAACUUCCUUAACAUACUGCCUGGUAUCAACGUAGAGUUGAUGAUGGCAUUUUGACAAAGAGAGAUAAUUCAGUAGAUUUGGUAUCCAUGUAAAUUCUGUCUUCUACUCUACACCUCAUUGAUUCAAUUGAUAAUUUUCUAGUCUAAAUGCCCUGUGUAUCAUUGUACAGGUCUUAUUCUAGUGGUUUCCGGGCAGUACUUCGGGGUGUUAAGUUAUUUUUAUGAGGACAAAGUGCAAAUAUAGUAUCCAAAUGGUCUCAACAAAAAUAUAAUUUUAAGCAAAUUAGAGAUAAAUGUGUUUUGUAUAUAAGUUUAUACACUUACCGUUUGAUAUGUAAAUCAAAUAUACAGCACAUACAUGCCAUACCUACUGGUGAGAGAUAAAAUCUUCCUUAUUUUCAAGUCAUUUAUUGCCUUCCAAGAGGAGAGUCUGAAUUGUAUUUCUGAUCUCCUUCUAAUCAGUCAAAAUGGCGCUCAUUACACAUGAGCUUCAAAGCUUUGGCUAGAGUGAUAUUUUUGUCGCUAGAAUAUCCAUCAACAUGCCUACAAAUAACUCUUGUUUAUUAACAGACUUAAAAUUAGUGGUCUGUUCAUGAUGCAAAUGUUUGGCUAUAAAACACAAAUAUAGAAUCUUUCCUUCAUAAGCUAUUAAACUUGGUCCUCUUACAUUGACAAAAAUGGCUGCAGUGUCCAGAUUGAGUUGUAAUCAUUAGAAUCUGCUUUUGAUCUAACUGUGUUGCUAGGCAACUAUUUAGAUGUUUUAGUGCCUGAGGUUAUUGAUAUUGGAGCUCAUAGAGCUGUGCACUCUGUUUUUAUAGAACUGCAAUUCCUAUAGUCUUGUUGAUAUUAUAAAUGUACAUGCAUGAUCCUAUGACAUUGACCCCCAUUUUCAAGGUCAUACAUUGAAUGCCUUAUAACUUGGGAUGACUUGUACAUGCAUUAUUAAGAAGUAAGUAUUACUAUCUUAUAGCUUCGAUGGAAAGAAUGUAUAAAGUAUGUCCAAAUUUUGUUUUGUGAUCUUCAAUCCAAUGACACAUGGUAAUAUGUGACAGGACUUUAAGAUCUGGAGUAUUUAUAUAUAAGGUCACAAGGGUCAAAUUUGCUUUGAAAACAAACUAUAAAUUUGGAAAUGUUUAUGGACUAUUUAAAGGAAAUUAAGACAAGGAAGAUGGACAUGUUUGACAUGGAAUAUUACUGCCACUGUCUGACAAUAGCCUAGCUGGGGUUUACUACUAGUAUUGUUAGCUGCCACUGUCUUACAAUAGCCUAGCUGGGGUUCACUACUAGUAUUGUUUACUGCCACUGUCUGACAAUAGCCUAGCUGGGGUUCACUACUAGUAUUGUUUACUGCCACUGUCUGGCAAUAGCCUAGUUUGGGUUCACUACUAGUAUUGUUUACCGCCACUGUCUGACAAUAGCCUAGCUGGGGUUCACUACUAGUAUGUUGAUAACUUUAUGUAAAAUAUGAAAUAUGGCUGUCAUUUAUAAAACAAAUUUCUGAAAUUAUAGCAAGUCUGCUAGCCGUCAAUUGAACUUAUAUAAGUAACUUCUGUAGGGGGAUGAAUAGGAUUUGCAUGAGUAACUUUUGUCCUUGCAUGAGUUAACACAUCGCUAGUACUGUCCUUAUUGCUUAAAUCUGCAUGAUAACUUAAAUUGAUAAGGAUCUUUUUGUACCAGAUAUUUGAUUGUAACAAAGGCUUGUUAGAAGCAACGCAAAUACAUUCAAUAUUUGCUUGUUUGCUACAUUUUAGAUCAGGCCUUUUUACACAACAUUCCGAUUAUGAUUGAGUUUUAUAUCAUUGCGGUAAUAUUUAAUAUUGAAUUGAACACUAUGUCAUCAGAAACCUGCCAAUCAAUAUCACACAUUUCAUGUCAACACUUGGUUGUGAUGAGAGAUUAUAAUAAUACUCCAUAUACAUGUAUUUAUUUAUUGUAAAACUUGAUUACUUUAUAAUUUAAAGUCAUUUUUGAUAUAACACAAGCAUUCGGUCUGUAUUACUUUUGAUGCAGGUCUGUAUUCAUUCAUAUACAUUAUAUUUGUUCAUGAAUUCCUAAAAAUAGAGAUGAGACAGUUUGACUAAUAAUCUAGUGUACGUAGCACCUAUAUCAUAGACAACGACAGUCAGCCUUAUAAAGAUAAUCCCUCACCCUAAUAACACUGUACUCUUAUAACCCUAAAACCUUCAGUCCUAUACAUGUAUCCUUAACACUAAAACCUUCAGUCCUAUAAACAUGUACCCUUAAUCCUAAAACCUUCAGUCAUUUAACCAUGUACUCUUAAUACUAAAUCUCUUACCCAUUGUAACUUGUGCCCUUAACAUUUAACCCUGCUAGCUGACAUUCCUCCCUCAAUGAAGAAGUACUCUCCAUUAUUAACUUGAUUACCUCCCCUUAACAGGUAAAAAUGUUGGUGCAUGAGCCAAGCAAGUUGAAAUGGAGGAGUACACUUGAAAUUAUUUCUCAUACUAAUAAAUUGUAUAAACACAAUAUAUUCAAAAUUUACUAGUGUAACAUUGAAAAUUCAAUUUUGUUAUUGAUUGAUGUGCAUGUGUUAGAAUUAUCAUUGACUAUUAAGAAUAACAUCAACUAAGUUUUAUCUUUGUCAUUUCUAAUUUUUAUAAUAUUUUACAUCCACAUUUUUAGUUAUCUCUUUAAAGUUUUAUCAGGGGAGUUAAAAUCUUACUGCCAGGCCAUGUGUGACAGCCCACACAAUAUCCUGGCUGGCACUAGGCUCCAACAUACCACUACAUGUACAACGUUUUUGUAUAUCAGCUUUGUAUAUUCUACUACAAAUUAUACAGUUGUAGUAGUGUCAGUAUUUUUGUUCACUUUUUUACACCUUUAUAUUAUAAUACAGUUCUUUGUUGUAGUCAUAAUUUUUUUUUACUCUAAAUGUUGAAAGUUGUUGCUUGUGUAUGUUGUGACAAUAUAAUUCUGCAAUAAAUGAUGUUUUCAUUUUUA